UCCUUCAGAAGAAACGUGCUCUGUCGCUGAGCCUUGAGAAAGCAUUAACAUUCUUUACUGGACUAUGCAAAGGAGGACACUGAUAAUAAAACACAAUCUCAAGUGAUACUGAAGAAUAACAGCCAGCUAUUGUGUAUAAGAUCCUGCAAGUGUGAAACAUGGCGCAGCCCUUGAGCAGCAACGGGAGCAAUGACACGUGUACAAACUUGUACGACCAUAGAGACACCGCAAAGAUUCUCAUGCCCCUGCACUAUUCCAUCGUUUUCAUAGUGGGACUGCUCGGCAAUGCACUGGCUCUGCACGUCAUCCGGCCAAACCUGAAGAAAAUGAACUCUACAACCCUGUACUCCACCAACCUCGUCAUCUCAGACAUCCUGUUUACCUUGUCCUUACCACUGCGCAUAUACUACUAUGCCAAGGGCUUUCACUGGUCACUGGGAGAGGGGCUAUGUAAAGCCAUCACUCUUAUCUUUUACAUCAACACCUAUGCUGGGGUCAAUUUCAUGACCUGCCUCAGCGUUGACCGGUUCAUUGCCGUAGUCCUGCCACUUCGCUACAGCCGGUUACGAAAAGUUCAAAACGUCAAAUACAUCUGUGUCAUAGUGUGGCUGAUAGUGCUGGCUCAGACACUACCCUUGCUCACGAUGCCGAUGACACGUAAGGAGGCAGCUGGCCACAUCACCUGCAUGGAAUACCCAAACUUUGAAAACAUUCCCAACCUGCCUUUCAUGCUUAUAGGCGCUGUGUUCCUCGGAUACUUUAUCCCUGUCGUCACAAUAUUGGUUUGCUAUUCUGGAUUAUGCUGGAAACUGCAUUUCGCUGCCAAGCAAAACCAAUUCACAGACAAAUCUGGAAGGAAUAAAAAAGCCAUCAGCGUCAUCUUCUUUGUUAUCCUGGUUUUUGUCGUUUGCUUCAGCCCCUAUCACAUUGAUCUUCUGCAGUACAUGAUCCGGAAACUUAUGUACACGCCAGACUGUAAAGAGCUGUACCGAUUUCAGGUAUCCCUGCAUGCCACCGUGUGCCUGAUGAAUUUUAACAGUUGCAUGGAUCCUUUCAUUUACUUCUUUGCAUGCAAAGGCUAUAAAAGAAAGAUCAUGAAGAUGAUGAAGCGGCAAGUCAGCGUGUCGUUCUCCAGUGUGGUCAAGACCUCUCCUGAUGGCUCUUCCAGAGACGUCAUUGAGGGCAACAAAGCUUCAAUUCCAUUAAACAGUACCAAAAACAAGCAAUGAGCACACUGGUUCACCAAACAAUCUUUACUUGGGAAGUACUGACUAUAGAAUUGGCACUGUAAGGAUGUGCAGCUCAACCAAUGGAAACAUGCCAUCCUUACACACUGCAAAACAAAAUUCCAUCUGACGCACAGAGGAGGAACAUUGUUACUUUUCUGAAGAACACCUGUAUCCUGUAACUAUUCACAACUCCAUAGAGUCUGUUGUUUUGCAUUCAUCUUAAGUAUUGAAGCAGCUAGAGAAUAUAACUGUGCAGUUUGACCACAGAGUGUAUAUAAACUAACAAAUGCAUGGAUAGGUCAAAUAGAUUGAAGAAUCCUAACUUGUUGCCUUUACGUACACAUAUCAAGCUUAGCUGAGCACUGUGUAAAAUAAGGGGGUGGCAACUUCCAGUUCAGUUUCCCUUGCAGUUCUAAAAGACAACAAGCUUUCUCUGACCCUUCAAACUAUAUCAAUCAAUCUAAAAUGGUCUCACUAUACUGUUCCCAUGAACAGUUUGAGUUCUGACAAGAUUAACAGAAAAGCAUUUCUCAAUGCAGAAGAUCUGAGAUAAAAUCUCCCUUCUGUGUUUUUUUGUAUAUUUUCCCCUAGUCACUCAACAACACAUGAGACUGUGUAAUCCCAUGCCAGUGGUGAGAGUUAAAUACAACAUGGCUUUUACUUAAAACUCAAAUAUACUGUAUAUACAUAAUGAAUACUCAUUAUGUAAACCAAGCUAAAAGGUACAGUGUAUCUCACUUUUAAAAUGUUUAUAGGCUUUCCAAUUUAUCUAAAGGUGUAACACACCAUAUUAAGUUAUGUAUGGCAUUAUGAAGUACUGAUACCUCAAUAACACAUAUUUCAUUCUAAAAUGCUUAAAAGCUUCCCAAUCUAUAUCCCUUAAAACUCCUAUAAUGCUCCUUUUGUUCUCAAAUCCGUUCACUUCUGAAAUGUGUGUCAGUGAGGUUUCAUUAUAGAGAGUAGUUUUCAAUAGUUGAGUAAAUUGGGAAGCGAAUGGUUAAGUACUGGAGGACUGUUCUCAGUCUUUAAUGCAUUAGCAUGGAACUGCGACCACUGAAGUCUCCAUUCAGGGUGUUCUCAAGAGCUAGUGCAUCUUUUGAACAGUACUGAACGCAGAACAGUAAAUUCUAUAUCCAGGAGAUUUAAGUGAAAAUAAAAUCAUCUUUGGUGCCAACACAUUCAUGGAACUCAAAUUAGUGAAAGAAAGUGACAUUUACAUUCUAUUCAGAGUUUAGAAUACAGGAAAAUUAUAUCAAAUAGCAAUUGUCCACACUAGCAGUAGGUAGGAGCUACUUUAUUUUACACAUAAAUCUUAUCCUGUAAAAAAAGAAUAAUUUUAAAUUUAAUGUGUUUUCAGUCAAGGAAGCACUGUACUGUUCUGCAUUUGUAUUUAAUACAAUGAACUAAAAUACAAGUGUCAAAACUGAGAUGACACAUAGUAUUUAGCAUCACUAUUUCAGGAGCCCUCUUUCUAUUGCAUAUGUUUUUUUGUGUAUAUAUUGUAGAUAUCUAUGUACAUAUAUCAAUUUUGUGAUUACAUUUCUAGAAUAAUUUGAUUAAAUCAACAUAUGGAGUAUU